AUGUUGGUCGAUUGUGUGCGCCAAAUAGCAUUUUGUCCCAUUCUACAGACUAGAUACUUCGCCAUUGUGAUUGCGUGCAUUCUUCAUUUGGGCCUUCGCACCACAAUCUUCAUACACCAGACGAAGGAGAACAAUACGGAGACACCAACUUUGGCUACCUAUAUAAUUUACCUGUCAAUGAUGGAUCUAAUAUACUCGGACGAUCUAAUCCCCUGUCCAUUGAGGAGAUUGCCAAUCUUGGCCAGAUUCUUCCUGGAGCUCCUGGUAACUGUGUGGCUGGGCGAAGUUGUUCUCAUUUUCUUCUGGUCGAACGUGGAGAAAAUUUGCCUCGGUGUGCUCGUUAACUACGUGGAUACAGAUAACGAAACCCGAGAAACCAUCCAUUAUUGGCUGCUUAUAGUGCUAAGUGUGCUCAUCUCCUGCCUUGUGGGCAUCGAGACGGAACGCAUGGAGAAGAUAUCUAGUCUCUUUGAAAUGGCCCAGGAGAUCAGAGUCGAGAGGGAGAUGCAGGCUUGGGCUGACAAGCACCGAAACAUUUUCUAUAUGGAGUCCUAA